CAAACAAGUCCACGACCCACGGCCCACGACACAACACAACUCAAUCUAACUCGUGAACGGCGCACGUCCGUACGUUUGCCUACCUGAGGCUGCCUCGAUCUUAAAAAAAACAUUUGUUACACGAAACUAAAUUGUUACACUACAUAGACAAGUACAAUCGAAAAAAGAAAGUGUGAUGUUGUAUUAGUGACAUUGUUAACGUGAUAUAUUCUGUGGAUGUCCGUAAAAGUUAUAAAAACAGGAGUUCUAAACUUUCCAGUGUUCACAAGCCAUGUGACUACUGCGGGAGCGCUGAAGUAAGAUUUGUAAUGUGGCUAAUGGUCGCGGUGUUGAUGGCGGCGACGGUGGCGGCUGGUGCCAUUCCCUGCGAAGUCGCGCAGAUGCAGUGCGCCUACCGGUCCGGGUGUGGUGCCGCGCUCAACAACUACAUGUUGUAUUGCAAUGAAGUCCUCAGCACGCCCACAUCCAAGUGUCCCGAGCAGUGUGAAUAUGCGCUCAUUGCACUCACUUCGACGCCGGAAGGAAAAGACCUGAUGAAUUGCCAAUGUAAGGAUGGAUACUGCGAAGGAAUGAAACAGCGAAUAGAGAUCUGCCGGUCUCAGGUUGUAAGAGGUGCUGCAAAUGCUACAGCUUCUUGUCGUCUGUCGCAGAUGAUUUGUCUCGCAGACUCCGAGUGCGCUGCUGCUCUCGAAUAUUAUAAACAUCUUUGUUGGUCCAUGUAUGAAGGGCGGAAAUGUUCCAGAAAAUGUCGAAACUCUAUAGGAAUAUUAAGGAAACAGGAGAAAGCUGCAGCGCUCUCGGCCUGUCGAUGUAAUGGCGAUGAAGACUAUGAUUGUAAAAAGAUGCAAAACAAUUUUGCUAGACUAUGUUUUCAUAAUAAACACGGCAACCAUUAUAAAGGCAAGAAAAAGAAACCUAAUGAGGAGAUAGAGGAAUAUCCUACAUCAAACAAACCUAGUGUUGUUAAAGAUGCAGCUUCCAUUGCCGUCGUGUCUCAAUUGUUGGUUAUAAUUUGUGGAUAUCUUACAUUUAAUACGUGAUAUUUAAUACUAAUUAUCAAAGGAUUACCUCUUGCUAUAGAACUCUUAUAUAUCUCUUGAAAUAUCUUGUAUCCGACAUUGAGAACUGUUUAGCAAAUGACACAGAUUAAGAUCUUUAAAACUAAAGUAGUACUAACUCGGAUUGCUGGAGUGUUUCCCAAAACAAACUCAGCAUCGACGGUACCUUUUUGUAUUAAUAGUUUUAAGUUGAAAUAUAACAUUUAAAUGUAAGUAUGCAAUAAUAUAUGUGUAAAUAAUUUAGAUAUGUUAAUGUGAGGGAAUUCAAGGGUAAACGAGAUUUUUGGUCUACACAUUUAAAGCAGUAUUGUCUUUCAACCGGUACAACGUUAAAUCUAUCGAGAUACAGAGCUAGCCGCCCACGAAACGGGUGACGCUAUAAAUACGGAGAGCGGCGCGGCGCCGGUGGUCCAGUGACAAAUGUUCAAAUACUGCCCUAUUCCUGAAGCAGUGCCCGUCCAUUGAUCUAGCUGUCUUGAGCUGUCGGAACAUGCUCAGAUAUGACGUUUGACAAAUUACAAAAGACGGGUAAACCCAACAAAUGUCAUUGCAAAAUUGUUUUGCAUGUUCUUUAAUCGAGGCCUUUCUAGUGGCGUUCCUUAUAUUAAUUAUUCUUUCCUAUUAAUUACGGUAUUGAUGUUAAGGCGAGUUUAUAGCAACAAAUAAAUCGCUCUUUUCAAAUAAUUUUAGUACAAAUUCAUUUUAUUAAGGUUUAGUAACUAUAGUUUUUUUAUGCAUGGUGACUAAAAGGUGAUCAUAGUUGCAAUAAUGAUACCAGUGAAGUAUGAAAGGAUUGAAAUAAUGGCCAUCUAGGACAUUAUUCCAAUCCUUUCAUUUUCUGGCGAAUUUCUAAGGUCUUUAUCCAUCAGGAUGGUUUUUAUCUUCCUAGCACUAAGGCUAAUAGUCUUUUUAAAUACCCAUAUAAUUAAUGGUUAGCAUAAUAACACGAAUGGUCGCUAUGGAUUUUCCUUUAGACAUAAAAUUUCAAAGUCGAUAAUAGAUCAGUGGCGGUAGGGAAGUGGAUGUUCUAAUGACAUACUCGUGUCUAAUUCCGGUGGUCGCGACACUAAUCGUCCCGAAUGAUGUAGGGCGCCAUACUCUUAUACACAGGGAUGUGACGUUCUGUAUUAAAUUGAAUUUUAUAUUUUUUUGUUGGCUUAAUAAUCGAUUCUUAAAAAGAAUUUUUAUUAUAUAAUAAAAUCGAUUUUUCAAUACAACAUUUAUCCACGACUCUUCUUUUGGACACCUGGUACUGUUUGUUUUUUUUAAAGGCCAAUUGGUUUCUACAUAAUGUCGUAAAAAAAGCUUACUUUAAUUAAUAUAUUUUUUUAUAUACUAAAAUUCAUUUAUUUAAUUGAUUUAAAAUAAAUUCCUUACAUAACAGAUUUUUUUUCACAUCCCUAUUCAUAUAUGCCGCGGGAUGCCACUGUCACGUUAACAUUAUUGACGUUUUGUUUUUCUCAUAUCCGUUACCUGCGUUGUUUUAGUUUUUUCAUCUCAUUAAUAAAUAGGUUCUUAAAAAUACUUGGUGGAAUCAUCAAAUAGUGAAUUACAUUACAGUGGUUUUACCACUAAACUGGCAUGUCGUGUUCAGUGGGCUUUUUAGAUAAAUUAAAGAAAAUAAGGAUUAAAAAUAUCGUUACUGUUUAAAAAAA